AUACGGCACCAUACCAAAAAACACGAUACGAUGACUGAUCCAAACAGCUCUCUUAAUAUUGAUGACUUCAAUGAAUUCUACAAUGAGUUCAUUGUAGAGUUCAACUACACAGAUCUCCAGAACUCGACUGAUUAUGUCUUGGAUGAGAAGACGUUGCUUUGCUCCUUCACUAUGGCGGAUGCCGUCAACAUUGCAUUCUGCGUCUUCUAUGUGCUCAUCUUUCUGAUGGCUGUUCCUGGGAAUCUGAUCGUAGGCUGGGUCAUCGCUUCCAACAGACACUCGCUUUCCGCCUCGGACGUCUACUUAUUCAACCUGAUGCUGGCCGACACGUUACUGGCUCUGAUUCUGCCAUUUUCGGCGGUUUCCAUAAUCCACGGUUGGGUGUUUGGUGAUAUUGCAUGCAAAUUGGUUUACAUGGUGAAGGAAGUGAACUUCUACACCAGCAUUUUGUUCCUGGUGUGCAUCAGCAUGGAUCGCUACAUGGUUAUUGUCAGAGCUAUGGAGUCCCGGAAGGCUCAGAGAAGAUUGUGCAGCGGAGUCGCCUGCGCGUUGGUGUGGGUCUUGGGCUUGGUGCUCUCCUUGCCAUCAUUCUACAACGAGGCAUUUUAUGAGCCAGUUUCCAAGCAGACCGUGUGUGCAGAACGCUUUGAGAUGAAUCACGCCGACGAAUGGCGACUGGCCACGCGUAUCAUGAGGCAUCUGCUCGGGUUCCUCUUCCCUCUGGUGGUCAUGUUGAUCUGCUACAGCAUCACAGUGGAGCGACUCUUGCGUACGCGCGGUUUCCAGAAACAGAGAGCCAUGAAGGUCAUCAUAGCUGUGGUUGUGGCCUUUCUUCUGUGCUGGACCCCCUUCCAUGUUUCCACGAUGGCUGACACCCUCCUGAGAGCCAAAGUGGUUGAGUUCAGCUGUUUCACACGGACGGCGGUGGACGUCGCCAUGUUCGCAACUCAAAACCUUGGCCUUUUGCACUGCUGCGUGAACCCGGUGUUGUACGCCUUUGUGGGAGAGAAGUUCAGAAGAAGAUUUCUGCAGAUGCUCCGUAGAAAAGGCGUUCUGGAGCGGUUCUCGGUCUCCAGAUCUAGUAGGUCUUCUUCUUUGACCUCAGAAGCCACUUCCAGCUUCCUGUGAGCUACACAAUGGACAUCAGUGUAUGACAACUGCUAAACAUUUAGUGCACCUUUCCUUGCUUGCUUGAACUAGAACAACACUUUAUUAUAGAGGCUAAUUGCCAUGAUGAUUUGGCUCCCUCUAUUGGUCAGAAAGAACAACAUUCAUGAUUGGGUGAGAAGUAAAGGAGUGCUGCAAUCAAUGAUGAUGUAUUUUUGUAGACCAAAAACUCUUUCCAUUGGCUUUUGAAUUAUUGCAGAAAAUAAGCUCUUUGACCACACAUUUUGUUCAUCAGGAUAAUCUUCACAAAUGAACCACUUUUUGAAGGGGGUUUUACUGAUGCAUUUGAUGUUGUAGAAUAAAAUACAAAAAUAUCUUGAGCUUGUGUUAAUUACAGACCUCAUUUCAUUUAUUAAAAAUGAUCAAAUUCUAACUCGUUUUCAGCUUCUGGCCUACAAAAAUACAUAGGUGCAGUACUCUAUUGCUUGGUUGAGCUUCUAGAGGUUUAAAGAGUCCCGUUUACUAUCGCUCAUACGGUGGAUUAGUGAUUUCAACAAAACCCCUAACCCUAAAAAAGUCAAAUAGCGACAUUUUCCAUUAAAUUUUUACAGGCAAAAAGGUCCAUUGGCUGUGUAGCGUUGUAUGACGCACAGCUCAUUCUGUAUUUAAGUAACUUUCACACCAAGCAGCUUUCUGUUUGUCAGUUCUUGUGAACCCAUUGCGAAAACCGUGUGGGGAAAUCUUUCGCCAUCAUACAAAUUUCCGAUGGAUUCCUACUGAAAUCACGAAAAUUUGCCAGACAAUGGUAAAUGUAACUUCAUUGGCAUGUAACUUCUGCAUUAUGGGCAUGAAUGAAAGCUUUUUCAAAGUGAUCAAACUUGCCAUUUUUACCUGGCGGAUGGUAACGCAAAUGAGAAACUGCAGACUUAUAUUGAAGGAUGGACCACGAUGCCACGAUAUCAUAAAUACUUAAGGGUGAUGAACUCUUUGACUUGCUAUUAAGCAAACACAUGCUAUUGCAGAAUGCUAAGCUGCUGGUUUGGGGAGAAGUGUGUGGUUGAAGUUAGCAAAAUAGCCAAAAUCGCUUACAGCACAACACACUCAAAAGCUUUCCAUAGCCUUUUUGUCAAGGCGGCUGGUCUGUAUGUGGUCAGUAAGCAAACGGUUUUAAUUUAAAGAGAGUGUGUGCAUGUUUUAAAUAUGCACUAUAUGAUGUACAGCAAACAAAGUAAAGAUCAGGUUUUUCUAAAUGCUUUAUAUUUUUUUCCUUUAUAAAUUGUACUCUAAAUAGUACUUUAUAAAGUCCAUCAAAGCUAUACUCUUCAUUUCAUUCAGGGUGUUCCGAAGAGGAAUAUUAUAUAUUUGUACUCAAGAAGUGUUUGUGGUGUAAUGACAGAAAAACCUCUCCAGGACUUAUAAUGGAUGUACUGUUUUAUUUUCAUGCUCAUUUGUAAGUUAAAAUGUAAAAAUGUUA